AGAACAAUGCCGUCAGGGGGAUAUAAACACCAGAAGAGCACUUUUAGAACAAUUCUAGAAGAGGACAAAGAACUACUCGAUCUACCAUUUAAAAAUAAUGAAACGGGUUUUACUGACUUUACUGAAAUUUUAUAUAGCAGCGAUGAAACUUUGGAAAUCAAGGAAGAAAAUAUCGAACAUGAAGCGGCUGCGGGUCAAAAAUAUAACAAAGAAUAUGAUUCCAAAUUGUGUAUCCCAGGCAUAAAAGAAACUGAUGAUUUUGCUUUCAACAGGAAACUGCAGAUUCAAAAUAAGAACAAAAUUCAGAAAUCAGAACAGGAAUGUGAAAAUAAGUUCGAAUGUCAAAAGUGUGCCCGAAACUAUAAAUACAAAAAGACUUUAAAUCACCAUAGAAAAUUCUUAUGCGGGGUCACUCCACAGUUCAUAUGUAAAUCAUGCGGAAAAAGUUUUAAUCGGAGUAAUAACCUAAAGGCUCAUGUAGAUCGCGUGCAUCACAACACAAACUCAAAGAAAUUGCAAAUGAGGCAUAAAUGCAAUGCGUGUACUCGAAGUUACUCUUUGCUCAGAAAUUUAAGUCGGCAUAAAAGUAAACAUCAUUCAGAUGGCGAAACACAAUUAAUUUGCGACUAUUGUGGCUUUAAAGCAAAUUGGAAAAGUCACUUAUCAGCGCACAUUAAUACUUCUCACUUUCAGACAUCGAACACAAAGCAUACUUGUAACAAAUGUUCACGAAGUUACAUUUCACUUCAAGGUUUAAUUCGGCAUAAGCGUCUAAAACACGCGUCGAUCGUACCAUAUUUCAGUUGCGGCUACUGCAAAUUUAAAACGAAACAGAAAGAUAGCUUGUCAAAACACACUAUUACACGGCAUCUACAGACACCGAAAGCAAAGCAUUAUUGCGACAAGUGUUCGCGAAGUUACAAUUUUCUAAAUAGUUUAACUCGGCAUAAACGUGUACAACACGCAGCAGUCAUACCGCAAUUUAUUUGCGAUAUUUGUGGACAUAAGGCAAAUCUUAAAUAUAACUUGUCAGUACACAUCUCUAAACGCCAUCUAAAAUAAUAAUGAAAUAAUAAUACCGUAGACCGUACAUUGAGCGUAGGAAAUUUUCUAUUAUUAGUUGCAAAAACUCAUUAUUUAUCUUAUAAAUUUAGGCAAGACAAUCUAAUAAAUACGUCAUCUGCCAGA